CCAGCUUUGAGGGAUUCUCGGCUGCUCAAGCAUCAACAGGGUUUAAUGACUAUAAAGCUGUCAGUGAAGGUAAACGUAGUGUGACUAUUUAUUUUUCGCAAAUCAAGAUGAGCUUUUCCAAAAACGUAAAACACCAACGGCUGGAUACUACAGCCGAUAUGUCCACUAUACUGCAUGAACUAUCUGAAAGCACCACGCCGAUUGUUACUACUCAGACUACCACCACCGUGCAAUCCAUUGCAUCUGGUCAAAAUGGAUCUUCAGACGAAUCGAGUCAAACGAUAUUGAUAGUUUUGGGAUUGCUCUUAGGAAUUCUCGUGCUAGUAUGCUGCGUUCUUGCCUGCAUACUUGCCAGACUUAGGAGAAAAGGUUUUUGCACAGUGCAAGGUAGAAAUCAAGAGACGUGCGACGAAGAGUGCCCAGGAGAAGAUAUGGAUCUCGGACAAUCAACAAAGAAUUCAGAAGCAUCAGUGAAACAUAUGAAUUCUCGGUCGUCGGAUCAAUUGCUCAAGAAGUAACCUAACGCAAUAGAUGUUUCAUACUCUGAGGAUGAUUUUAUAGGUUGGAGAUUACGACUGAGCUAGGAUUUGGAAUAAAAAAUGUCAUAUUAACU